AUGGCCCGCCUGGUUACCAGCGUUUCGCGAACGAGACGGAGCACGUCGUCCUUGUCGCUCGCGCUGUUUCUGCUCGUGCUACUCCUGCUCUUUGCGACCGUCGCUCGCUCCGCUAAGAUCACAUUCAUUAGGAAAAACGGCAAGACGUACGUGAUUAAAACGGGUGACGACGAUUGGGACGACGACGACGAUGAUCUCGAGGAAACGGACGGCGAGGAUGAUCCGAAGCGAGAAGGAGCAGAUUCGGCAGGAGCAGGAACAGCUGCAGGUUCUAAAAAGGCAAAUAAGGAUAGCAACGAGCCGAAGCGAGGCGAGGCGAUUAAAGCCGUCAAAUCGCCCGAGGCCGCAGCAGCAGCGGCGGAAGCGGCGGCGGCGGCGGCGCUGGCGGCAAUGGCGGACGAUCCUCUGGUGGAGAAGUACAAACAGGAGCCGUUGGAUCCGGGAUCGUGGCGGACAGCUGUCGAGAUGCCAUUGGCGGACGUGCGCCGGCGCGCGGAGCAGGGGGACGCAGAGGCGCUGUGGGCGCUGGGGGUGAAGCGGCUGGUAGGCGCGGGGGGCCGCGGGGGAGUGGCGCGGGAUAUUCCCAAGGCGCUGCUGCUGCUGGAGCGCUCCGCGGAAAAGGGCUUCCCCCACGCGCACUCCGCGCUGGGGUUCCUUCAUGCCAGCGGAUACGGCGUUCCGCUCAACCAGGUGAAAGCGUUUCUGCACCACACGUUCGCAGCGAAUGGAGGCAGUGUGCACUCCAAGAUGGCGCUCGCCUUCUCGCACCUCCGCCAGCAGGAGUUUGAGCGCGCCGCUGCGCUCUACGCUGACGUGGCAGCCAAGUCAAUGGCGGUCAACAGCCUCCCUGGCCAGGCGCCGCUGAUAGAGACAGUGCAUCUGAGUGCUGGAGGGGAGGAGAGCCUGGAGGCGACGAGAGGGCAUCGAGGGGAGGCAGAUGAAACCAUUCAGUUCAUUGAGCUGCAGGCAUCACGAGGAGCAGUGGAGGCCAUUCGUACCCUUGGAACGCUCUACUACUGGGGGGCACGGGGCAUGCCGCGGGACCACGUGAGGGCGUUUGGGCUGAUGAAGAAAGCAGCUGAGAUGGACGACCCGCACGCCAUGCUGACUUUGGGUGAGAUGCUCACACACGGCGUGGGUUGCAAGGCCAACCCAGUCGAGGCAUUGCAGUGGUUCAACAAGGCGUAUGCACGCGGGCUCGUGAGCGCGCUGAAUGGAGUGGGGUAUCUGCACGCUAAAGGACUGGGGGUGCCUCAGGAUUACCACAAGGCGGUGCAGAACUUCCUCACUGCAGCCCGGAAGACCAGGGACGUGGACGCGUUAUACAAUCUGGGAAUGAGUCAUCUGAGGGGGCAGGGCGUGAGGCGCAACCCCAGCAAGGCGCUGCAGUUCCUGCAGCAGGCGGUGGAGGGGCAACACGUGGGGGCCAUGUACCAGAUGGGCAAGAUGCACCUGACUGGGACGGGGGUUCCCAAGAAUGUGGUCAUGGCAGCACGCCUCCUCAAAGCAGUGGCAGAGCGGGGUUUAUGGGGAGUAAUGCUGCGGUGGGCGCACGCAUGCUUCAUGUCAUCCACACACGGACCCUCCCUCUGGUCCCUCUCCCGCUCCGCCUCCUCUUCUCCCUUCUCCCUCUCCUUCUCCUUCUCCCUCUCCUCCCCGCUCCCCCCCUCCUCCCUCCGCUCCUCCUCCUCCUCGUCCUCCUCCUCUUCCUCCUGGCCUGCCUCUUGUGACGUGGGCACGUCACUGAUGCUCUACUCGAGAGCUGCAGAGCUGGGGUAUGAAGUGGCACAGGGGAACGCGGCAUGGUUGCUGGAUAAGGUUGUGGGUGACUCGGUGCUGGACAAUGCGUGUGUGGGUUCCGCUCGCAGCACCAUCACUGCCACCGGCGCUGCAGCCUCUUCUGCCUCACCUGAAGCAGUUAAGAGGGACACGGGAGCUACAGAUGGGGCUGCAACAGAUGAGAAUAACGCAGCAGGUGGUGAGGGUGGUGGGGGAGGUGCAAGCAGGAGGGGUUGGAGGCGGUGCAGUGAGGCGGAGAGGCAUGAGAGGUCGCACCGGCUGUGGCAGUUGGCAGCUGAGCAGGGCAGCGUGCAGGCGGCACUCCUGCUGGGCGAUGCUUUCUUCUAUGGCCGGGGCCAGCCGCGGGACCUGCAGCGAGCAGCAGAGGCGUACUGGAGGGCGCGGGAGAAGGGCAGUGCACACGCCAUGUUCAACCUGGGCUUCAUGCACGAGCAUGGCAUGGGGCUGCCCAGAGACUUACAUCUAGCCAAACGCUUCUAUGACCAGGUCCUGGACGCCUUUCCCCGGGCAGUGGUGCCAGUGAGAAUCGCCCUCUUCGGCCUCUGGCUGCGCAUGCAGUAUGGGCACUACCCUCUUGUGUCCAGGGCACUGGAUGUGUUACCUGAGAUUGGCCCGGCCACGGCGGGAGCAUUGAAGGCGGCCCUGAGGGACGACACCAACGCCUACAUCGCCUCUCUCCUCGCUCUCCUGCUCGCCGUUCUCUUCCUGCGCUCCCAGCGCCGCCAGCAACGAGUGGUGCAGGCGUGA